AUGUGUCCCUCUGCCCGCUCGCCCGGCCUUCCUUGCAAGGCUGUUCCUCCGCCAGAAAUCUGCGAGGCCCUGCUCUUCCUCCCACCGGGCCGCCUGGCUCUCAGUUCUAACAAAACUCCUUUAGUCAACGAGAGCCUGAAAAAGUUUUUAAAUACGAAAGAUGGCCGGCUGGUGGCUAGUCUGGUGGCAGAGUUUCUCCAGUUCUUUCAUCUGGAUUUCACCUUGGCCGUUUUCCAGCCUGAAGCCAGCACAUUUCAAGGUCUAGAAGGUCGAGAGAAUUUAGCCCGGGACUUGGGUAUCAUUGAAGCAGAAGGCACUGUGGGCGGACCCUUGCUGUUGGAAGUGAUCAGGCGCUGUCAGCAGAAGGAGAGAGGGCCCGCCCGUGGGGAAGGUGCACUGGAUCUGGCCGAUGCGCAUUCUCCACCACCGUCACCAGAAGGAAAGCUGAGCGCGCACACGGGCCCCAGUAAGAUACCAAGGUAUAAAGGACAAGGUAAGAAGAAGACAAGCGGGCAGAAGUCUGGUGCCAAGAAGGCCGGCAGUGGUGCUAGUCAGAGCGAUACGAGCAUCUCCUCGUCAGAAUCAAAGGGCAGAAGCGGUCUCCACUUCCUGGCCCAGGAGACAAAAAUGGGAUCUCUCCUCGGCAACAAGAGCCUGGACGUCAAAGACAAGGCUGGCCUCUGUCCGCAGGACGAUGACCUGGACGGAGAUUCUUUCUUUGACGACCCCAUUCCCAAACCCGAAAAAACGUACGGUUGGAGGAAUGACACUGGGAAGCCAGGGGGGAGCCUCACCUCGCUCGCCGAUGCCCCAUCCUUGAAGAGUGGACUCGGCUCCCUGCCGGAGGCCCCCUCCUUGAAAGACGCCGAAGGCAAAAGGGGAAACGCGGUUCUGAAAGAUCUGAAGGUGGCGAACGAUAAAGCCGCAUCCCUUGGAUUAGGGGCUGGAGAAGAUGAUGACUAUGUGGAUGACUUCAACAGCACCAGCCACCGCUCGGAGAGGAGCGAGCUGAGCAUCGGCGAGGAGAUCGAGGAGGACCUGUCCGCGGAGCUGGAUGAGGCCAACACCAGUGACAAGCUCGACGACCUGACGCAGGACCUGACCCUGUCGCAGCUCAGCAACGUCGCCGACUACCUGGAAGACGUCGCCUUCACCUGAGGGAGGAGCGUCGCCACCGCCGAGGGCAGACGGAGUCUCCCACCACCUCCGUCUCCCAGGCCGUCCUGGCUGGAGUUUGCUCUGCUGGUGCCUUGUGUUUCAGAACGAGUGCAGAGAUUUUUAGAAAUUACUUUUCAUUACACUAAACAGAACCCUCCCUCGGAGCCCUCGCGUGGGAGAUUUCCGUCUUAUCCUGGUUACCUGCCCGUUUCACUCAGAAAUGAAUUCUGCUCAGAUGCCUGACAGGAGCGCACCGUGAACAGCAGUGUUAGAGCAAAGCGAAGGUGUCAGUAACACUGCAGGCCCCAGGCACGCGUGGCCGUGGUCUUCUAGGUCUCGCGUGGUUGGUGCGGGCGGGGCUGCAGUUGGGGCAGAAGGAUCGGCCGCCAGAGCCCAGCCCUGGGUGAGACGCCUCCGUCCGGGAGGUGCUGUGGCAGUGUUCGGGGGUGCUGCUAGCUCUUCCUCCUCAAGAGCGGGGUGUGGGGGUUCCUUGGUGUGGUUGUCAUGGCGGCGGCGCGUCGCUGCUGUGUCCACUUGAGAAGCCAUCCUCGCAGGCCCUCUGAGAGCUCAGUUACCCUCUGUGACCCCGUCUUGAAACUUUAAAUUCCAGGGCACAUCUGGCCCAGCAGCGGUGCUUCUGUCGGGCCUGUGCGUGACUGUGGGGUCCAGAUGGGAUGGGGCAGGAGCGACGGCUCAGAUGUGUCCAGGGGCAGCUUCCCGCCGCCAUUCCACCGUCACCUUAGUGUUUACAGGGGCCACUGAGGCCCGCGGUACUGACUGUGGCACGGUUGGGAGUGACGCGUGCCUGUUCGUAUAAUUAUAAGUGAAGCUGUGAUUGCAUGGUCAGUUUUGUACUUUUUUAUUUCAAUUAAAUGAUGGCUUUUACUAAAAGUCACUUUACCAGUAAGAGGAGAACUUAAUUCAUUGACCUCAGUGGGGGCAGACUCGAUGGUCAGUGUGUGCUGUUCUCAUUUUAUCUCAGCCUCACGGCCACAGGAACACUGGCGGCCCUGACGUGGGAAGGGAAGUGGUAGCGUGAGGAUCAGGUUGUAGAACAUAGGAAUUUGCAUCUGUAAAUUCAGGUGACACUGAGCCAUAAACGCCAGCAGGAGCUAGGACAGCACGUGGGCCGGCAGCCUGGACGCGCUGUCCUGCCCUCUGAGUGUGGGCUGCCCACACGCGUGGUCGGCGCUGUGUGAAGACGCGGCGGUCGCUGGCGUCCUGGUGCCGCCACUGGUGCGCUUCCCAUGUCUGUGUCCGCCCUCAGGAGCCAGGCAGCCGUGUGACGUGUUAGUUCCCUGCUUGGUGGGAGCUGGACCUCGGUGGCAUGGAAGGGCCGCAGGAGGUGGCUUUUACCGUGGGAGGACCGUUUGGACAGUUGACCUGAGAUGUGUCCCUGUGACCAGAGUCGGACCUUCAGUCAUCUCGGGGGGCGGGGGAGGGGGGUGUGUGGAGAGAGAACGCCAAACACGGAACUGCUUUCUCAUCAGCCUCCAUUGUAAAUACUCCGCUGUGAAAAGUCUUAUUUCCAUGUGUGUGCUUCGAUGGGACAGGGUUUGAGUGUGCUUAGUGUGUGUGUGUUAAGUGCAUAUUGAAAUACCUGUGAAAUCCAUCUUCAUGGUAAAACCUGUAUUUUACAGGGGUUUUCCAAAUGCUAGCUCUCAUUUUAUUGGCGGUGACACGAGUGAAUAAAAAGCUCGCAUCUUUCAUA